GGAGUGGUCUGACAAAAAGGCUCCGGUAAAGAAGACAGAGAUUGCUGUACAGCAGAUGAUCCAGGACAGACUGAAGAAGGUAGAGGAGAUCAAACACUCAGUGGAACUGAAUAAAAGAUGUCAUCAUUGAAUGUUGACAGCAGCCUUCUACCAGAAGAGCAGUUCCUGUGCUCUAUCUGCCUGAAUGUGUUCACUGAUCCAGUUACCACUCCUUGUGGCCACACCUUCUGCAAAGCCUGUAUCAGUGGACACUGGGAUAACAGUGAGAUAUGCCAGUGUCUAAAAUGUCAGAAACGAUUCUAUGUGAGACCAGAGGUCUCCACCAACUCUGUGAUAGAGGGGAUCUCAAUGCAUAUCAAGAGAAGAAAACUUGAUAUACCAGAAUGCUUAGUUGCUCCUUGGGAGGUGGCUUGUGAUGUUUGUUCCACAAUCAAGCUCAAGGCCCUGAAGUCCUGCCUGGUGUGUCUGACUUCUUACUGUGAGAUUCACCUGGAGCCUCAUCAGAGAGUGGUGAAUCUGAAGAGACACAAGCUGAUCGACCCUGUGGAGAACCUGGAGGACAGGAUGUGUAAGAAGCACGAAAGAGGCCUGGAGCUGUUCUGUAGGACUGAUCAGACAUGUGUGUGUGUUUUGUGUACUGAGACUGACCACAAGUGUCACAAUACUGUAUCCAUUGAAGAGGAGGGAGUCAAACAAAAGGUAAGACCUUUUAAUUUAAAAAAAAUUAUAUAAUUAUUUUUCCACGACAUCUUAAUUUCCUUCAUGCAUACUUGAUAUGAUUUUCCACACGCUGAGCUUGUGUCCACUAAGGCAGAGGUGCAGAAAAUGAUUCAGGACAGACAUGCAAAGAUGGAGGAGAUCAAAUGCUCAGUGAUACU